GGGAAUGAAACACUGUGAUAUGUCAAAUGUAGCUUGUUUGAUGCUUGUGCUUCGACUGAAACAUAAACAAUUACUUAUUUCCGUUCAGAACUAAAGUUUCGCAAAAAUGCUAGCCAAAAGAAGAAGUUUAAUCAAUUCGGAUGAAAAGCGCAAAGCGCUGCAGAAUGUCGUUCUUGCACGGGGCCGACUCAAGGGUGCAUUAAAAACCGUCGCCAAAUCGUCGGACGAUAGCAGUAGCUAUGAGGAUAGCGAAGAAGAUGCGCAGGUAAAACGAAAGCGCAUAGAGUCUCCCCCCGUUUAUCAGCCGUGCAUCAUAAACCUGUUUAACCGCGGCAUUGAUGUUGCCCGCUUCCGCGAAAAUUCACCACUCUAUCCGAUGUGUCGCGCUUGGGUGAAGAACAAUCCGCGGGAGAAGCUGGAAGAAACGGUCGUUCCCACCACAAAACCGCGCACUGCCAUUAAGCGAGAACAAAAUGCAGAUAUCGUAAAGCAGUUGGCUAAUGGAGAGCUGCAGGAGAUAAAAGAAAUGCCUCGACCGGCAUCCACGGACAUGGAGCCGUUCCUUGUGGUAAAGUGUGAUCCAGCAGAUGAAUUUGAUAUUGAUAAAUCGCCAUUGACUAAAGAUGAGUUAAUUGCUGGUCAUCUAGUGAAUUGGAGGAAAAUUCGCGAAUCUAGUAUUGCACACCGUAAGCAGUACGAACAGGCACGGUAUGGUACGAGUUUUAAAUUAUUAGAAGCACUGAAGAAGUGAAGCUUAUCCCUCUAGUGGGUUCGGUCUUUAUUCGCACGACAAAAUUAUAUCAAUACAGAGAAUGAGAGAACCUGCUUUUUGUACUGACCUCAACAUAUGCUAUACUGUACGAUUUAAUUAAUAAACUAUAAUUUGCAUAAAUCAA